CUUUCUAAGACUGAAAGGUUGAAACCUGUCCUCUAUCUAAUCACAGAUCAACCACAACCUGUCCUGAGUAUCUCUCAUCAGUGGCUGAACCCUGGAGACUCAGUGACUCUGAGCUGUGAAGUUGACAAGACGUCUACAGGCUGGAGGUUCUCCUGGUACAGGACUGUUCCCUACAGAGCUGGGUUACCCUCCCUAUCAGACAAGUCUUACUCUCUACAGCCCCUAUCUGACAAUGGGAAUAGUGAAGACUCCUACACUCUGAUCCCUGCUGGUCCUACUCCCACAGGAGGAUAUGUGUGUAGAGCUGGGAGAGGAGACCCAGUCUAUGAUACACUCUACAGUGAACCUCAGUUUCUCUGGUCAGGAGAUCUGCAGCCUUCAGUGUCUCUUACAGUAAAUCCCAACAGAACUCAACACUUUAGAUCAAAGUCUCUCUCACUGAGCUGUGAGGUGAAGGGGAACUCUACUGGAUGGAGACUGAAGAGAUACACAGAGACAGCAUGGCCGUCAGAGUGUCCAUCUACCUGGAGAUCAAUAACAGAAUCCACAUGCACCAUCACACCAUUGGACACAUGGUACAGUGGAGUGUUCUGGUGUGAGUCUGGAUCAGGAGAGUACAGUAAUGCUGUCAACAUCACAGGGAACGAUGGUGAUGUGAUCCUGGAGAGCCCUGUCCAUCCCUUGACUGAAGGAGACUCUGUGAAUCUGACCUGUACAUUUAGAUAUCAAGAAACAAAUCCUAACCCCAAGACUGAUUUCUACAAAGAUGGAGUACUCAUCAUGAAUGAGACCACAGGAGAGAUGACCAUCCCUACAGUAUCCAAGUCAGAUGAAGGAUUCUAUAAGUGUAAAUCUGGUGAAGGAGAAUCACCAGAGAGCUGGGUGACAGUGAGAGUCCCUCCAGGUUCUGUUGUCUCCAUCUCUCUGACCAGGCUGCUGUGUGGUCUACUGGUGAUGUCUCCCUUUCUACUGGUGUCCAUCGUGCUGAUGGUGAAAUGCUGCAGGGCUCGAGGUUUGUGUUCAACAGUCAAAUCUCCUCAAGACCAGAUACCCUGUGAUGAUGUCAUUGAACAGACUGAAUCAUCCGUGUGAUCAUUACAGUAUGAACUGUAAACUGAACAACCAUUUUAAAGAUUGUAAAGUUUUUACCAUUGAUAUAUGAUAGUGUUUACUGAGUUUAAUAUCACUGAAUGGAAUUUCACAAAUGCUGAAUGUUAUGAUUUAGUAAGUUGACGAUUUAAGCUUUUGGUGGAUUGUAUCCUGUCCUUUGUUAUUGUUGAUUGAUGUUGAUUUUUCUUGAAAUAUUACUCUUAUCUGUCUUUUAUUUCAGUUUGUUAAUUAAACAAUAGUGUAUUUCCUGCUUUUGUUUAAAAGUAGAAUUUGCUGCAUAUUUGGGGAAUCUGUUGUAUUUUAACUAAUGUCAUUUACAGGCAGGUGUAUAUAUACUGUAUGUGAAACUUUUCAGUUUUUUAUUCUAAUUUAAAAUACUAAAGAUGUGUCACGUUCUGACCAUAGUUCUUGUGUGUUUUGCUUGUUUUAGUGUUGGUCAGGACGUGAGCUGGGUGGGCAUUCUAUGUUGUGUGUCUAGUUUUUCUGUUUCUAUGUUUGGCCUAAUAUGGUUCUCAAUCAGAGGCAGGUGUUUUGGGUUGUCUCUGAUUGGGAAUCAUAUAUAGGUGACUUGUUGUGUGUUGGGAUUUUGUGGGUGGUUGUUUCCUGUCUCUGUGGUUUCUCUGCACCAGCUAGGACUGUAUCGGUUUGCCACAUUUUGUAAUUGUUAAGUGUUCACUGUUUAUCAGUAUUAAAUAUGUUGAGCACCAACUACGGUGCGUCUUGGUCCGAUCCCUGUUACAACCUCUCUUCUCGUGAAGAGAGGGAAGGCUGCCGUUACAAGAUGGGUUUAUACUUGGUUGGUAGACCUACUAUAACAGUUAAGAUAGAACACGUAGCUAUAGUUUGUUAUUAAAAAUGUAUAUUUACAUAAUGCAGCUUUAACACUUAUUUUUUAAUUAAAUAUACAUUCAGCGAAACUACAUUACCAAGAGUAGCACUGAAGAUACUGAAAUGAGCGACAUGCAGGACUUCUCUCACACAAUCACACACAGUAUCUGCACAUAUGCACGGGUUAAUUUCAUGUUCACAGUCUGGAAGUCACAGGACCAAAACAAAGGAGAAGUUGAGCCUCAAGCUUCAACACUCUUAGUUGUUAUGGAAAUUGAACCACUAUGCAGUUUACUUUCUACAUCUACGUCAUAUCACUGAGUCUACCUUUAAACUCCACUUACUUUUGACUUAUAUUCUUUUUCAAAUACUGUCUACUAAGUAUUUUGUGAAAAAAAAAGGUUUUACAGCAGAUGUAUAUUUUCAACAUGUAAGUAUUUUGUAAAUCAUUUUCAACAUGUAAGUCUUCCGUAAAAUGGUUUCAGUAGUUGUUAUAGGAGCCAGAUGAGUGUUCCACUAUGGAACUUAAAAUGGAGAAGGUAUGUUGUGUUUUGUAUUCAUUCUCAUAUAUCAAAUAAAAAGUGAUGAUUCCCCACAUCAUUGUAUUGCUUUGAAAUAUAA